AGGAACAGAAUCAGAUCUCAAACAACUUUGAUAUUUCAGAUUAUGUUUUUGUACACGAUUCUUUGCCUGCUAGGGUUGUGUAUGGGGGUUCCAAGUGGGGAUAGGGCUCCCAAAGAUAUGUUGGAAGAGUUUAAAAGUAAAGUGAAGGGAUGUAAAACAUUUCCGGUUGAGAAGUUAUUGAAGAAUCCUAAGUUUGUGACCGAAUGCAAGGAUAAGCUUACUCCAGACCUUCAGAAUAUUAGUUCAAUGCAGGAAUUUGUAAGUUCAGAAAUUCUUCUUGAUCCGAAUCCUCUUCUCUGCUACGCAGUAUUCGAGAGUAUUGGAGCUCUGUGUUCUCAGGAUACACCUGGAGAACCUGUUCAAGUCCAAGAGGAGACUCCGAAGUCAUUCUGUAAAGAUCAGGGAAACAUCAAGUUUCCAGAGAAAUGUAAUGAAGAAAACUGUGAAAUGCUAAGAUUAUUAGCUGAGCAGGUUCUCUUGAAUCCAACUCAGUGUGGAGAAACUUGUGUUAAAGCUAACCUUGUAUUCCCUGCCUGUCAGUAUCUUAGUAUAUCUCUAGCUACUUUAUUCCCAGGUUCAGUAGUUGCUGGUGGAGCUAAGAUUAAAACGGAGAAGAUAAAUAAUAAAUUUGUUGGGUCCGGAGAAGAGAUAAAACCUGACCUGGAAAACAAUAACAGUCCUAAACUAGAUCAGAACAAGAAGGAUGGAAAUACGGAGUCAGAAUGGGAAAAAGGUCUUUCAAACUCUAAUGCUGCCACAACUAUGACUUCGGAAAAAACUUCCAAAGUUCAGGACGAAAAUUCGUCCAAAUUGGCCGCGAAAACUUCUCCCUUAGCCGCCGAAACUUCUCCCUUGGCCGCCGAAACUUCUCCGUCAGUGGAGGAAACAGAUCUUACUGAAACCGAAGAUCACCAACAAGAAAUGGAAGAUCAAGAGGAGGGAAAGGAAGACCAGGAGGAAGGAAUGGUAGAACAAGAGGAAGGAAUGGUAGAUCAAGAGGAAGGAAUGGUAGAUCAAGAAUUGGAUGAGGAAGGAAUAAAAGCUGAGGAAGAGAAGGGAUCGGAUCCCCAUGAAGAAGGGAUUGAAACUGUAGAGGAUGCACUGGAUGCCCGUGAGGAAGAGAUGGAGACUGGAGGGGACGCGAGAUUGGAAGGAACAGGAGGAAACAUGAAUCCAGGAAGGAAAGGGGAAGAUACAAUGAAUGUUGGAGUAUUCUCUGAAAACAAAUCAAACUUUAUGGUUUACUUCUUCCUCCUCUCCAUAGUAUCAAUCAUGGCAUAUCUGGUGUUUCAUAAUAAACAGAAGAUCCUAGCUUUGAUACUGGAGGGUAGAAGGCAGCGAGGUUCCCGGCGAAGAUCUGAAGGAAGGGAAUACAGGAAACUAGAUUCAUCUGUAGAGGAGAGUAUGGAUUUGAAUCGAGACUCUUCUCAGCGUCAAGUUAUAUAUUAGACCCAGGAACCACCUAGGAUCCGGAGACAAUGGUUCCUCUGGUGCCUGGAACCACCUAGAAUCCGGAGUCUGGUUCCUCUGGUGCCUGGAACCACCUGGGAUCCCUCUUGUACCAGGACGCAUCUUAGAAGAAGAAGAGGAUCGUCCUCCUUAGAUACCAGGGUUCUAUUCCACCAGGACUGAUAAUAGAACUUCAUGGACUCUUAGUAAACUCUUUAAAGAAUCGUAAUUCAGUACCCGGAGAAACGAGAAUGAUCUCAGUCUCAGUUGGACCCCACAGGCUGUCCUGUACUCAAUCAGGACCCUGAAAAGUUCUGUCUUGUACUUGAUUAGAACCCUGAAAACUUUUUUUACUCUAUCAGAACCCUGAGAAGUUUUUCUUCUACUCUCAUCAGAACCCUGAGAAGUUCUGUCCUGUACUCUAUCAAGACCCUGAGAAGGUCUCGAAAACAAUUGUGAUAUUUCUUGUUUGCAGUGUGCAGUGUGAUUCAACCCCUAGUCAGAAGAAUGUGAAUAUUCAUUCAGAAUUAUUAGAUAUGCAGUAAAACAUAGACCAGAUUCAGAAUUAUUAGAUAUGCAGUAAAACAUAGACCAGAUACAGAAUUAUUAGAUAAUUUAGGGACUUUCGAUGUAAUUGACCCUUCAUUUCAAAAGAGCCUUGUCUACACAUAAUUGGUCCAUUUAAACCUUGAUUUGAUGAAUAGUUUGGAUGAUAUUGUCGUUUUCUAGGUUCAUAAGUGUUUAAUUUUGUAAAUUUUCUACAUUGUUUCUGCAACAAAAAUCCGAAAUUCACUAUUACAGAGAAAAUUUUCGAAGAUAACGCAUGGAUAUUUCAUUUAUCCUCCAUCAGUGGGUACCGUAUUGAAUCUGACAUGACACUAUAAUGGAGGAUCAAUUGAAAUUACGUGUUCACCCUCUAGUCAAACAUAGAGGUGUGGCGGAUAUGAAUAUCGUCUUCCUGAAUAAUUCUAGAAAUCCAAGGAGGAGUUUCUCGAUCAGCUGAUAUAUAAAACAUGUGUUAAUCAUUCAAUUAUUUUUACUAUAUAAGUUAAGAUUUUAAAUAAAGUUAAUCGUUGAGUAA